GGCUAGUUAGGAGCAAGCAUUUCGUCGUUGCUCUCGUGUGAUCAUCGGGAAGGUGUCGGGAGAACUCGGAAGAAGAUAACAUGGCGGAUUCAGAAAUAACAUGAAAGGAAUGGUAGACGAAGAGAAAGAUGGCAACAGUGAUAUACUGACAAGAUUUACAAAUUUUGUGGACAACAAUCUGAGAUUAUUCAGGAAUGUAUCCUGGAUUUUGGCUGGAGCAGGAAUUGUACUUAUCUUGCGGAGAACUUAUGUGUUCAGACAGUUCAGAGCAGUGUCUGAAGUCCCAGCAGAAUUUGUUGCCAAGAACAUUUCCUUUCGUGGCCAAAUCAGGGAAAUAAGGCAGGGUAACACCCUUGGUGUUUAUCAUAUUCCACUGCUGAGAAGCUUCAAGAAGCCAUAUUCUACAUCAGACUCAGAUGCACCAGCACAAUCAAGCCUUCUUGAUGUUAGCCUGGUUGGAAUAGAAUUCAGAGAGGGAGGGUACAAGUGGCUUUCAGACAAUGUGCUAUCAACAGAAGUGAAAAUGACUCCCUUACAAAUCACCAAGGAAAGUAUGUUGGACUGCAUGGUGUACAAGAAAAAGGGUUGGUUUUCAUCAGCAUCUGUAAAUGAAGAAAUGGUACACCAGGGUGUGGCAGUCACAUGUCAUGUGUCUACUCUGACAAACAAUCCACUUUAUCACAAACUACAGAGGAGACUUCUAAAGGCAGAAUUGCAAGCUGAGAAGAAAGGUGUUGGUAUUUGGAUAAGACCAUCACUGUUGGAGAGGUUACAAAAUAAGGUGUUGCUUCCUUUUUCCAAGAUGAAGGGAGUACUUAGUGUUGUGCAAAAUCUCUCUGUUGGAAGCAUAUUUUCAAGAAAGUCAGGAAAAGUUGACAAGUGAAGGACAAUAAAUUAUAUUUUGUGAUACCAUAGCCUAUUUGAAUGUUGAGCAUUCAAAGGAACUCACUGUGCCAGAGCUCAAUGAAAGAUUUUAACCCUUGAAAUUGUUAACAUUAAGAGGGAGUAUAUUUGCAAGCUAUUUGCUUUGAGGUUAUAUUCCUUCAGAAACUCAAAGAAGACAGUUCAAAAGUUUGUGUUUGCUAUCACAACUAGAUCUCAAUAAAACUGUUGAAAGGCAUUUUUUAGUGAAAUUCAUCAAGUGAAUCAACAAAAAGAUUUUGCAAUUCUUUUAAGCAUAAUCAAAUACAUAAAAUUAACCCCAUCGCCCUGCAAAAAAAUCCUGAAGAAAUUAACUUAUCUCCCAAACAUUUUUAAGUAAAAGUAAAAUAAAUUGCAAAAGAG